GGGGGAGAUUGGGGCAUAGGAGGCGGGGUGGUAGAGUGUGGCGAUCAGGGAGACCGCGCUUCAGACGGACGCAGAGACCGGAGGAGCGACGGAACGAACUCCAAAGAAAGAGAGAGAGUGAGAGAGCGUACCAGAUUCUGUCUACCUCCACGACCUGAGCGACCAUGUGGACCAGCUGCCUGCUGCUUUUCAUGCCCGGCCUCCUGUUUGCCCAGCAACAAGAAUCAGCCGAAGAUUUUUACACCGGUCAGUACUUCCGUCUGGAUGAUUACGACUAUGGAACUGCAUUUCCUGUGGAUCCCAACGGUUCCCCCAGGCAGGUGCUGCCAUCCCCUCAGCAGCAGCAACAGCAGGUCCUGCAGCAGAUUUCAGGGCCCAGCCAGUCUGAAGAUGCUCAGACGGAGCCCACAGAGCCAGGUCCGCUGGACUGCAGGGAGGAGCAGUACCCGUGCACGAGGCUGUACUCUGUGCACAAGCCGUGCAGGCAGUGCCUCAACAGCCUGUGCUUCUACAGCCUACGCAGGGUCUAUGUGGUGAACAAGGAGGUGUGCGUGCGGACAGUGUGUGCCCACGAGGAGCUUCUCAGAGCGGAUCUCUGCCGUGACCAGUUCCCACGGUGCGGCGUAGCGGCGUUGACUGGCCAGUGUGGGGCACUGGGAAGCAGCUGUGGGAAGAGCUGUGGCGGCUGUUAGGGGGGGCGGGGGCAGACGGAUACAGAGGCUGGAUCUCUCCUGCCCUGGGAACCAGCCUUCCUCUCCUCUCCAGUCCUCCAUCUGGGACCAAAGACUCACCAGACUGCUUGUCUUUCAUCAGAACCCCUUUUCGUAACUCCCCCCUAAUAUUCACCCCCCACCCCUUUAUACAUAUGUAAAAAAUAUAUACUUUUAUAUCCUAAAAACUGUUUGAUGUCACUGGUGCUAAAAACCAAUGGUACAAUCGUUCGAUGCACAUAAGUAGAUGAUACCCUUUGUACACAGUACUCUGUGGGAUAGCUGUUUUAUGUUGUACUGUACAUUUUAUUCUUUAUUGGUGCUUUUUGUGCGUCUCUCAUUACUAUGUUCAUGAAACCAGUACAGAGCGUCGACGGUUAACGCGCUGGGAAGGAUGGUGUGCUCACAGCUGUCAGAAUGGUGCUGCCUUAUCAAACAUUCAUAAUUAUUAUUAAUGCACAGAACCAAAGCAGCUAAUAAUAUAAAAAAAAAUAAAAAAUAGACUGGCAGGCUGUUUCAUCUCCCCCGGCGACGGCGUCUUCGCUCAUUAAAGUAAAUAUCACACAGUGAGUCGUUUCUUUUUUAUUUUAAAGACACACAUCGGCGGCCAUAGAGGCUUGGGGACCCUGGCUGUUACUGUACUACUGCUAUGUCAAAACCUUUUUUAAGAAAUACAAGAAAAAAAACUUUUCUUAA